UGUGCUUCCUUUACCGGCAACACUCGGACACACAUACCCCUUAACCCUCUGCUCCCCAACUCCCCCCGACCCCCACCCUCAUAUAAGCCUUACACACACAUACACGCACACACGCAAACACACACACACACACACACACAGCGGGAUGGGGGACUCUAAAAGAGAGAGAGAGAGAGAAGGAGGCUAUGACAUUGAAGAAUUUGUCCUAAGAGGAUGUGUAAUGUUUGUGGUCAACUCGUGGGAUGUACUUUUGCUAUCCACUUUUGAAAAGGAGCAACAAUCUGGAAUGUAGAACAACUACCCAAGGAGAUCCGCAGUCGGAGCGGUAUGGAUGCCCUCCCUCCAAAGAACCUGUACCCAUACACCGUGUCCAGACCCAUCUACUCCAACCCCACGUUUGAGGAGGACAACGAGAGGCAGGCCCGGGAGGAGAGGACCCUGAGGGACAGACUCAGCCGCACCUGUGGCUGCUCAGGUAGGCAGGCCCUGAAGGUUGUGAAAGGAGUCUUUCCUGUCAUUGACUGGCUCUCCAGAUACCCAAUAAGAGAGUGGCUUCCCAGUGAUGUCAUCUCUGGUGUUAGCACUGGUCUGGUGUGCAGUUUACAAGGCCUGGCCUAUGCCCUGCUUGUGUCCGUGGCUCCAGUCUAUGGACUCUACUCUGCCUUCUUCCCCAUCCUCACCUACUUCCUGCUGGGCACCUCCAGACACAUCUCUGUAGGUCCCUUCCCUGUCACCUGUCUAAUGGUAGGCUCUGUCGUGUUGACCCUCGCCCCCGAUGACCACUUCCUGCUUCCUGGGAAUGGCACCGCUGUGAAUGGAACAAAGGCUGAUGGGAUUGUGGUGGACGUGGAGACCAUGGAGGCCCAGAGGAUCAUGGUGGCAUCCUCCAUGACUGUGCUGGUCGGGCUGUUCCAGGUGGUAAUGGGGCUGCUCCAGGUGGGCUUCCUGGUCUGUUACCUGUCAGACCCCCUGGUGGGCGGCUUCACCACAGCUGCUGCCUUCCACGUCCUCAUCUCCCAGCUGAAGAUAGUCCUCUCCGUCCCCACUAACAACCACAGUGGCUGCUUCUCCAUCCUCUACAUGCUCAUCGAUGUGUUUACCAACAUCAGACAAACCAACAUAGCUGACCUGGUGGCCGGGCUGCUCACCAUUGUCAUCGUCAUGGCUGUAAAAGAGGUCAACACCAAAUUCCGGCACAAGAUUCCCGUCCCCAUCCCCAUCGAAGUGAUUGUGACCGUGGUUGCCGCUGGGAUCUCCUACGCCAUUGAGCUGGAGUCGCGCUACGACGCCAGCAUUGUGCACAGCAUCCCCAGGGGGUUUGCUCCAGCUCAGCCCCCCAACAUAGAGCUGCUGUGGAACAUUCUGGGUUCUAGUUUCUCUACAGCGGUAGUGGGCUAUGCAGUGGCUGUCUCUGUGGCCAAGGUAUACGCUGCAAAACACGACUACAGCAUCGAUGGGAAUCAGGAGCUGAUAGCGUUCGGGUUCAGCAAUGUGUUCUGUGGCUGCUUCUCCGGCUUUGUGGCAAGCACUGCACUGUCCCGCACCGCUGUACAGGAGAGCACCGGCGGCAAGAGUCAGAUGGCUGGUAUAAUCUCAGCUGUGAUGGUAAUGAUUGUGAUCCUGGCUCUGGGGCACCUCUUGGAACCCCUGCAGAAGUCAGUGCUGGCAGCCAUCGUCAUCGCCAACCUAAAGGGAAUGUUCAUGCAGGUGACAGAGGUUCCCACACUGUGGAGACAGAACAGAGCAGACUGUUUCAUCUGGCUGGCGACCUGCCUGGCUUCUGUGGUGUUGGGACUGGACGUGGGACUGCUGGCUGGCCUGGUGUUUGAGAUGGGAACUGUGGUGGUCAGGACACAGUUUCCUGCAUGCUCUACACUUGGAAACAUACCCGGCACAAACAUAUACAGGAACAUGAAAGACUACAAGAAUAUUGCAGAAGUUCCCGGAAUUAAGAUUUUUAAGUGCAAUGCUCCCAUCUACUUUGCCAACAUUGACUACUUCAAAGAGCGAUUGAGAGCCACGGUGGGGUUUGACUCUGUCAGAGUGUUCAAGAAGAGGAAUAAGGCCCUCAAGAAGAUUCACAAACUCAUAAAGAAAGGGAAACUGAGGGCGACAGAGACUGGGGAGGUGGUAUCCGAGGUCUCCCUGGGUGUCGACAACAAGGGGUUCGAGAGCGAGCGGGACAGUGGGCGGGAGUCCGGGCAGGUGGAGGACGGGGAUUGGCCUGUGCCAGAGGUGGAGGUCCGUGUGGAUUGGGCCAUGGAGCUACCAGUCAGGGUGUCGGUACCUAAGGUCCAAAUCCACAGCCUAGUAUUGGACUUUUCAGCCGUUUCCUUCCUAGACGUGGUGGCCGUCAAGUCCCUCAGACUGGUCAUUAAAGAGUUCCUACGCAUUGGAGUCAAUGUCUACAUCGCAGGCUGUGACGAUGAAAUUGUAUGGAAAAUGGAAGCCUUGGCCUUCUUCGACGAGGAGGUCAUACGAGAUCUCCUCUUUCUCUCUGUCCACGAUGCCAUCCUCUUCAUCAAACUGGAGACAGCCAAUGGGAGCAUGCAGGAUGCUAUGGUUGAGGGGCUUUCUCUAAUGCAGGACUGCAAGGAGCCACCGCCUUUCACUGAGGAAGAGGACCUGAUUGAGACCUAUGACAACCAGCAUAGAGCAAUCCAUGGACUCUCCAACUAACACAGAAACGCAGAAGAGCUGACCGUGUAUCUGUGUUCUCUGUGAACGGAGGAUCAACCAGUACUCAUUACUUUUCAUAAGGGACCACGGUCAAAUCAGGGGACACUGACAAUGGAUUUUCCCCAGACUACAGCUCAAACUCAGGGGAAGCUACACUUAGCCAACUGAGUGUAACGUUGGACUUUGGAGUGGACUAAGAGGGUGAUUUGAGGCAGCCGAUCAUUGAUAUCUCUCUUUAACAACCGUAAAGUGUCUUAAUUAUAUCCAUGAAUAAUAAACUCAUUUAGAUGUAUAUAUUUAUAUUAUUGUAAACUAUCUGCUAUGUCAAGGUCCUUCUCUUUUACAAGUGUAAUAGUAUCAAUAGGGAUGAAGUAGAACAGGAGUUAGGCAUGCCCUUUUCCUUGGGCGCAUUUCCACAACAGGACCAUUGUUUGUGUUUGUGUCGAGGGCUUUCGGAAGAACAAAUGCAUAAAUACAGAAGUCCUGCUCAUCCGUGCAGUCGCAGUUGAUCUGUGUUAUAAACACUCAGUUUCCUCCCUCCCGAGAUGAGCACUCCCAAGGGGCGGAAGGGACAUCGGAGGACCUCGGCUGAACCUGGAAGAGGGAAGGAGAGACACUUCUGUUUUAUGUGGCCUACUUAGUUAACAAGAGAAACGAGUGGUACUACAUCCCAAAUCCCGUCACAGACUUUUUCUCUUAGACCCAUCCACUGCACAGGAAGUGAUAUCAUACAGGAAGAGUUGAAGUGUGUGUAAACAACGAUUGUCUAUUAUAUCUAACAAUGGAAACAGAUGUCUUCAAAGAUGGAAGGCAGGCGGAAGGUGACGAGAUCAGGUGAGACCAUUCUAGCCAAUGAGAGAGUAGAUACAUGUGUGAACAACAGGCCAUAGAGAUAGAUAGAUAGAUAGAUAGAUAGAUAGAUAGAUAGAUAGAUAGAUAGAUAGAUAGAUAGAUAGAUAGAUAGAUAGGUAGAUAGAUAGGUAGAUAGAUAGAUAGAUAGAUAGAUAGAUAGAUAGAUAGAUAGAUAGAUAGAUAGAUAGAUAGAUAGAUAGAUAGAUAGAUAGAUAGAUAGAUAGAUAGAUAGAUAGAUAGAUAGAUGACUCAUCUUAGUAUCGGUGCAAUCCUAAUGUGUGUACCAGCAUGGGCAGCGCCAUUGAAGCUAUCUCAACAAAACAAAAAAAUCAUUCAUUAGCUGAUUUCUCCCAACUCAUUGCCUGAUGACUCAAACUGAAUUUUUCCGCUGCUCUAUCAUUUGCUACAUACUUCAGCCUGAGACUGCCCUCAUUGAAGUUGUUUGCGGUGAUGUCAAAAUGAGGGGUGUUUUACAAAAGUCAUCAGCGAUUAGAUCAUCUCUAAGCAAGAGGAAUAUCAAAGCCAAUGACCAAUUUUCAAACACCGCUUUACCCACGUGUGUUCUGGCUCUGGGCCAACCCAUCGGUUUUUGGGACCAAUCAGAUGGUCUAAACCGGAUUUCCAUUCUAGAAAUUGUCGGGGAGUUACUUAGAUCCAGACUCAUUGCAGAGAAGAAAAUAACAUCUGGGGGCAUGGAGUAAGCGUUUGGCUGGAGCAAGGAGUUUGGGUAGCCAGGCAACCCAACUCGUAGGAAUCCCCACCCAGUUGAUUAGUGUAAAAUGUUGAAAGCCCUCAAUGGCAAUGUCCAUGCUAAAAUGAGUUAUAUCCAUGAUGAGUCCAUCUAUCUCUGACAACAGGCACAACUCCGAUAUAAAGUUGUUUUUGCGUAACUUGCGUUCUAUAACUAUUAUGAAACUUCCAUUCAAUCAAAUAAGCCUCACAUAGCAAAUUAUCAAUUCCAUUUUUUGUUGACCAAAUUUCAUACAAAAAUUCCUCACUUCGUUGGCUUAUUUUUGUGGACAGAUUUUGGGCAGAGUAAAACCUUUCGCUUUUCCUCUCUGGUUUAAAGGGUUUGGUUGGUUGUUUUUUAUUAAGGCCAUUACGAGAUGAAUGAGGCAAUGUUGCAUUCUCAGCCAUCAACUCUACAAUAAAAGGCAGACUAGACUGUUGUAAAAAAUGUGUACUAGCAAGAGCAGAAUUGUAAAGUUGUUUUUCUUUUAAUCAUGUCUAAAUAUGGACUGCAAGCAUUUCUGCUGGCUUUGAAGAGAUUUUUGUAAUAUUUCUGGAUUUUAUUGUACAAUUAAAGCUUUGUGAAAUAUUA